AUGAAGAUGAACGUCGGCAGUGGUUCCCGCUUAGAUCCGGGGUUGUAUGUGGAUCUUAUCAAACUCACUGAUAAUCUCUAUCUCAACAUAGCCCCCAUCACGUGCAAGAUUGAUGCUGACACGGAGCAAAUCAGCGACAACAUCCAUUUCCAUCGUACCAUGCACUUUCACCAUCCAAAUUCAUCAUCGCAUACGCUACAGACCAUGCACGGCGACGACGACGAACGCGCUUCCCUCCUCUCUUCCAACUCGAACUCCUCCAAUUCAUAUGGCGCUGCCCCGCCCUCAAAUGCGCCAAACACCCGGCGCAUUGUCUUCAAUGCCACCUUGAAGAUGGCUGCCAUCUUUGUCUGCGGUUCUUUAUUUCUUGGGGGGACCCUCUGGUUGUCGCUACCUCCGCUAGAGGAAGCCGACCGGGACUUGCUACGGAUACCAAAGUCCUUUGAACAACUGCAACAACUGAACUUUCUCCUCAAGAAGUAUAGAGACAUCUACCCCUUCCGAAUUCUCGUCUCCUAUGUCAUAACCUACCUCUUCUUGCAAGCCUUCUCUUUACCUGGGUCCAUGUACCUUUCGAUUCUCGGUGGGGCCGUCUGGGGUGUUCCCAGAGCGCUGCUCCUUGCAUGCUCAUGUGUAGCGACCGGCGCCACCCUCUGCUACCUUCUAUCCGCCGCCCUCGGCCCCGCACUGCUUACCGUCCCACGUUUCAAAGCUCGACUAGACUCGCUAGCCGAGAAAAUCCGCGCUAAUAAAGAGAACAUCCUUUCGUACCUCAUCGUCCUGCGCAUCGCACCACUGCCCCCUCAUUGGGUCGUCAAUGUUGUCUGUCCGCACGUCGGCAUCGGCAUAGUCCCGUUUUGGGUAUCCACGUGGUUCGGUAUUCUGGGUGUCACGGUCAUCCACACAACAAUAGGCGGUGGGUUAGAUGAGAUGACGAGCCCGGACGACUUCAAGCUGAUCAGCUGGAAGAAUUUCUUCGGUCUAUCGGCAGUGGUGGUUGGUGUGAUGAUUCCUGUGGGGCUGAGAUACUGGUUUGGAAAGAAGGUCAAUGUGGAGGAUUUGGAGCAAGCAUCUGUAGUGCUCCCCCCAGGUGCUGGACCUUUCUACUUAGACGGCGAGGACACUAUUCUCGCUGUGGGCCCUCCAGCUCCUGGCAAAGCCAAGACCCUAGUCUCGGUACAAGAUGCCACUGACGACUUCGAACCUUACGAGGACGACUCUGAUGAUGACGAGGACAUCAUUCUUGAAGCGGGACCCACUUUGGACGUCGACAAAGCUAAACCGGCGCGCGCAUCAUCGCCCGAAUCUGUCGCGAGUUCAAGCCGCAGUCCCACUCGGUAG